CGUCAUGGACGCAGUGUCGACCGAGGAACUUGAUGAGGAGGAGCUGCUGGUGAGAAGGCAUCGCAAAGAGAAGAAGGAGCUGCAAGCCAAAAUUCAGGGUAUGAAAAAUGCGGUUCCCAAAAAUGACAAAAAGAGGAGGAAGCAGCUCACUGAAGACGUCGCCAAGCUGGAGAAGGAGCUGGAACAGAAACAUAAAGAGGAGCUGGAACAGUUGAAGCUGAGUGCUAAGAACAAGAUAGAUUCUGUUGCUGAUAACCUUUCCAACUUGGUACUGGAGAAUCAGCCACCACGGAUAUCCAAAGCACAAAAGAGACGGGACAGAAAAGCAGCGCUGGAAAAGGAGAGGGAAGAAAGAAUAGCAGAAGCUGAAAUUGAGAAUUUAUCUGGAGCCAGACAUAUAGAAAGUGAAAAGCUUGCCCAAAUCUUGGCAGCUAGACAGCUGGAAAUGAAACAGAUUCCAUCGGAUGGCCAUUGCAUGUACCGAGCCAUUGAAGAUCAGCUGAAAGAACACGACUGUGCUCUGACCGUGGCCGCCCUAAGGAGCCGGGCGGCUGAGUACAUGCGAAGCCACGUGGACGACUUCCUGCCAUUUCUAACAAACCCCAACACGGGACACGUGUAUUCUGCAGAGGAGUUUGGGAAGUACUGUGAAGACAUUGUAAACACAGCUUCGUGGGGAGGUCAGCUGGAGCUGAGAGCUCUGUCUCACAUUUUACAAACUCCAAUAGAGAUAAUACAGGCGGAUUCUCUUCCUAUUGUAGUUGGUGAAGAAUAUAAAAAAAAUCCAUUAGUACUUGUAUAUAUGAGACAUGCGUAUGGCUUAGGAGAACAUUACAAUUCUGUUACACCGUUGGUGAGCACGACUACUAAAAAUUGCAGCUAGUUUGUAAAAUGCUGGACAAUUGUAUUUUAGCACGGUGCGCCAAGCUGAGUAUUCCCAAGUGCUGGGUUUGUUCUAAACACUACUGAAAAACACAACUACCUUAAAUCAGUUUUAUGGUAAACGUACUAAUAGGCUUUUUAGAAAUACAUCAGAAACAAACUUUCCCCAUUGUCCUCUCAGUGUUACUCAAGAAAUUGUAGGGCCACUGUUGAAAACAUUGUUCCUAGACCAGGAGGGUGCUCUGCUGACUUAAGGUCUUGGGCCUCCUGUCCUGUGUCAGAAUACAUUUGAAAUGAUUUUAGUUUUUUUCUCAUUACUGGAUGCUCUCGAAGAAUUGAAAUGACUUAAUAUCUUUGUCGUUACAAUACUGUAGCGUGGUGACAGCAAAUUCAAUGAAUGCGUAUAAAAUGAACUUGAUUUUGGUAACUUUGGUAUGGAAGGGAUGGAUGCAAUGAGAUUUUCUA